AUGUCUUCAGAAUCUGGCCGGUCCGAAACGGCGGGCUCAGUUGCCUCGUCCCACACUGAGACCGGAGGCUACGAUGAGCACAACGAGAAGGUGGCAACGCUCCGCGACGACGAGAGCCUCACCAACCUCAAGUCGCCUACAUCCGUCUACCACGACAGCGACCAUGAGCGCGAGGACGAGGAGCUCCUGCCACAGCCGCAGGAGAAGGCAGAGCCGCCCAAGGGCAGCAUGGCAUCCUCAAUAGUAUGGAUGGUCGUAAACACAUUGGCCACCAUUGGCAUCGUCUUCGUGAACAAAGCCAUCUUCUCCGACCCCUCGCUCAAGCUGGCACAGCUCACAUUCGCCGCCUUCCACUUCACGAUCACAUGGCUCACUCUGUACAUCCUCUCGCGGCCUCGCUUUGCCUUCUUCGUGCCGCGCCGUGCCUCCAUCCGCGAUAUCCUGCCGCUCUCCAUCGCCAUGGCCCUCAAUGUCAUCCUACCGAACCUAUCGCUCGCCUUCUCUACCGUCACCUUCUACCAGGUCGCGCGUAUCCUGCUGACGCCCUGUGUUGCGCUCAUGAACUACGUGCUAUACCACCAGACCUUGCCCACCAACGCCAUCAUUGCCCUCGUACCCGCCUGCGCCGGUGUCGGCAUUGUCAGCUACUACGACAGCCUGCCCGCCGCCGACGCCAACAUCAAGACGACCAGCGGCCUGGGCGUUAUCUUCGCCUUCGCCGGCAUCUUCGCCAGCUCCCUCUACACCGUCUGGAUCGCCUCCUACCACCGCAAGCUCCAGAUGAGCUCCAUGCAGCUUUUGUUCAACCAGGCCCCCGUCUCCGCAUUCAUGCUGCUCUACGUGAUCCCGUUCGUGGACACCUUCCCCGUUUGGACCACGGUGAGCGUUAGCCGCUGGGUGAUGAUCUUGAUGUCCGGCGGCUUCGCCUCGCUUAUCAACAUCUCCCAAUUCUUCAUCAUCGCCCAGACCGGACCUGUGUCCAGCACCGUUGUCGGCCACGUCAAGACGUGCUCCAUCGUCGCCCUCGGAUGGGCCACGUCAGGCCGGGCCAUCGGGGACAAGUCCGUCCUCGGGGUCAUGAUUGCUAUUGGGGGUAUCAUGGCAUACUCAUGGGUGAUGCUCAAGGAGAAGCAAAAGCAACAGGGCAAAUAA